AUAUUACCUCUACCGGAACUAGUACCGGUGCCACGUUGAGAGUACUGUUCUUUUACAUUUUAUCUUUUCCAGGAGCCACAUCUGCUUGCACAAAAUGAAAGUUUCUAUCAUAAUAUUGCUUUCGUGUUUGACUGCAGCAUUUGCAGAAGAUGUGAAGGAAGAAGAAGGAGUUGCUGUUUUGACAACCAAAAAUUUCAACUCGUUUAUUGACGAUAAUGAGUUCGUUCUUGUGGAAUUUUAUGCACCGUGGUGCGGACACUGCAAAGCUCUGGCUCCUGAAUAUGCUAAAGCUGCACAGACUCUAAAAGAUGAGAACUCCAAAAUUCGUCUUGCCAAAGUAGAUGCCACAGUUGAGUCUGAACUUGCAGAAAAAUACAGUGUCCGUGGUUAUCCCACUAUCAAGUUUUUCCGCAGUGCUGGCACUCCAUCAGAUUAUCAAGCUGGACGCCAAGCUUCAGACAUCGUCAACUGGCUGAAAAAGAAGACUGGGCCACCAGCUGUGGAACUGAAGACUGUCGAUGAAGCCAAAACAUUUGCAGAGAAGGAGGAAGUUGUUGUGAUUGGCUUUUUCAAGGAUCAGGAGAGUGAACAGGCAGUUGCCUUCAAGAAGGUUGCUAGCACUGUUGAUGACAUUCCCUUUGGCAUCACUUCCGAGGCUGAUGUUUUCAAACAGUACAAUGUUGACAAGGAUGGUAUUGUUCUUUUGAAAAAGUUUGAUGAGGGCCGCAAUGACUUUGAGGGUGACUAUGAAGAUGAUGCCAUCACCAAAUUUGUCCGUGCCAAUCAGCUGCCUCUGGUUGUCGAGUUUACACAAGAGUCUGCCCAGAAGAUCUUUGGUGGUGAAGUAAAGAACCACAUCCUGCUGUUUGUGAAGAAGGACGGUGGAGAAGACACAAUUGAGCAAUUCCGUGCUGCAGCUAGCAAUUUCAAGGGAAAGGUGCUGUUCAUCUAUCUUGAUGCAAGCAAUGAAGAGAAUGGCCGUAUUCUGGAGUUCUUUGGUCUCAAGGAAGAGGAAGUUCCAGCUGUUCGUCUCAUCCAGUUGUCUGAGGAAAUGUCCAAGUACAAGCCACCAAAUGCUGACAUAACAACCUCUAGCAUCAAAGCUUUUGUUCAAGACUUUGUGGAUGGAAAGCUGAAGCCACACCUUAUGUCUGAAGAAAUACCUGCAGACUGGGAUGCCAAACCUGUCAAAGUGCUGGUGGGCAAAAACUUCAAGGAAGUGGCUUUUGCAAAGGACAAGAAUGUGUUUGUUGAAUUCUAUGCUCCAUGGUGUGGACACUGCAAACAGCUUGCACCUAUCUGGGAUGAGCUGGGCGAGAAGUUCAAAGACAAUGAUAAUGUUGUCAUUGCCAAGAUGGAUGCUACUGCUAAUGAAAUAGAGGAGGUUCGUGUGCAGAGUUUCCCAACCCUGAAGUUUUUCCCAGCCAACAGUGACCAGGUUAUUGAUUACAAUGGAGAGAGGACACUUGAAGGAUUCACCAAGUUCAUUGAAAGUGGGGGCAAGGAUGGAGCUGGAGUUUCUGAAGUAAGAAGAGGAGGAGGAAGAUGAAGAGGAAGAAGAGGAGGAUGAUGACCAGUUGAAAAAGGAUGAGCUGUAAUUCUGUACCUUGUAGUUGAAUUUUUGUUUUUUGGUCAUGUUCGUCUUCAUCCUGAUUGUGUCUCAUUUUGAUGUCACCAUCAUUUGUCUUGUAAUCAUUCUUAUCAUUGUCUGUGCAAAAGUGUGAUGUGUCUGGAGAUUGUGCCUCCAGAAGAAAACAGGUCUUGCUGUAAUGCCUGUUUUAUAAACUUUUGUCCUGUUGAAUGCUAAUGGAAGUUUUUUUUUUUUAAUUGAACACAGUGUAUGUCAGGAAAAAUAUUGGAGGCAUAGCAUAUGUUUGCAAGUAAGUUUUAGUAACAGGGUGUACCUGUUAAAACUACAGGGAUCAGUACUGCAAUUACAGCUUUGGACUUUUUUUAUCAGUUGUCAUUUCCAGAAUGUUUGUCAUAAUUCAAAAGUUAGUAGCAUUCAUGAGUGCUUUUGAGAAUAUUGUUAACGUGGCUCCUGGGGAGAGAUAUAGCCGAGACUAUCGGAGAUUUCUGUCCAACAUAAGCAAACUUGAGUGCAUGUGUGUGCAUGAAACCAGAUGGAGUUUAAGGAAAUAAAACAAUAUUUAAACAAA